CGAAGUAAGAUACAGACUGUUCCGCCCUAUCUAUCUAACCAUGCACAGACGUACAAACGUUCCAGCUGCCACCACCACGACGGCUCGACUGUGCAACCAAAACACAAUCAUAGUAGAAAGGAGUCUCGCCAGGCAUGGCGUCUGAGCCGGGCUUCAAGCCGGCCCUUCUAGUCAUUGACAUGCAGGAGGACUUUUGCCCGCCUAACGGCUCCCUCGCCGUGCCCGACGGGCGCGCCGUGAUACCCGUGAUCAACGCCCUGCUCGCCGCACCCACCCUCGCCGUACGGAUCGCGACGCGCGACUGGCACCCCGCAGACCACAUCUCGUUCGCAUCCAACCACGCAGGCAGCAAACAACCGUACGUAGACACGUGCACGGUCGUGAACCCGUCCAACGCCACCGAGACGUACGAGACGCGGCUGUGGCCGGUGCACUGCGUGGCAGACACUCCAGGAGCGCAGCUGGCUGCGGGCCUGGACCCGCGGCGGAUCGACCGCGUGCUGGACAAGGGCACGGAUGCGCGCGUCGAGAUGUACAGCGCCUUCUACGACCCGCUGCGCCGCCCGCGCGUCAGCGACUCCGGGCUGGCGGAUGCGCUGCGCGCGGCGGAUGUCACGCACGUGUACGUCGUCGGGCUCGCUGCCGACUACUGCGUGCGCAGCACGGCUGUGGAUGCGCGUGCCGAGGGGUUUGUGGUGUAUGUUGUCAACGAGGGCACGCGGCCUGUUGAUACGGCUGCGUGGGGCCAGUGCCGCGCCGAGCUGGAGGCUGCUGGUGUUAGGGUCGUGAGCAAAGACGGGCCCGAGGUGAGGCGGCUGUAUGGGGAGGCCAAGGUGUGAGGGCGGUUGGGUAUAUAGCAACUGGACUGAGGUCUUUGGGAUGGAGCCUUGGGGCGUUUUCUUUGGGUCACGUACACACCGUACAUAUACCUACCUGGUGCGGAGUACGUGUUUUGUGUGAUGCUUGUUAUCGUCAAGGUCGGCCGUCGUAAAUACGUCAGGAUAGUCAACAUACACCACCGCAAGU